UAAAACACUCUUCUCUUCUGCUGCUGUCAUCUGGCAGUGUUUCUGGAUGUGACAUAGGCCACAUGACUGGAAUGUCUGAAUGGCCAAGUCUUAGCAGGUAAUGGCCACUAGAAGAAGACUUUCGUUGUUUAUCAUGGUACUGCUGAAAGUCUUCUGGGCUGACAGAUGCCACUCCAGAAGGUUAAUAAGAUGAAGACAGCUCUUCCAGCUGGACCAUAAGAGGGAUUAUGUCUGAGCAGCAGAUAAACAGCUUAUUCCAGAAACAGACACUGCUUUUUUUGUUGUUGUUUAAACUUCGUCACUCUUCUCAGAAUUCUUACUCCAGUCCUACUUUCAUUAUCUGGGGGUUAGAGGUGCAGGCUUGAGAGUUUGUUCGGGUCCUAUGCUCCAGACUUGCUGUUCACAUCGGACCAGCCAUCACUCUAAACAACUCCGCUUUUGAGUUAGAUUUGCAAAAAUAGCAAAGCUAGCAGGAAGUUUAUUUCCUCAAAAGGAAAUCUUAGUCCAGCCUAGUUCUCUUUUCUGCAUGAUUACCUUUGAAAACUGUGAAUGAUUUAAAAAAGCAGCAUGCAUUGGAAAACUGGAUUGAUAGUUCUUAUAAUUUCUCUUGCACUCCAAGUUCAAGGAAGCAAAGAAAUUCCCAAUAAAAUUAAUCGUGGUGAAGCCAAACAUCUUGCAGAUGCUACAGGGUCAGAUAAGUCAGAAAGAAUGACAAAGAGGUCUAGAGUAUCGACCAUUCGAAGGAUAUUUGAUAUGGCGAAACACAGAACAAAGAGAUCUUCUUUUUUCCCAACGGGCGUGAAGGUUUGCCCUCAAGAGUCAGUGAAGCAAAUUUUAGCAAGCCAUCAGGCUUAUUACAGGUUGAGAGUUUGUCAGGAAGCUGUAUGGGAAGCCUUCCGGAUCUUUCUGGAUCGGAUUCCAGAUGCAGUGGAAUAUCAGAACUGGGUCACAGCCUGCCAGCGAGAAACUUUCUGCAUAUUUGACAUUGGGAAAAAUUUCAGUAAUUCUCAAGAGCAUCUGGAGAUAAUUCAACGGCGAGUAAAACAUAGAACCUUCCAGGAUAGGAAAGAGGAAAUUUCUACAGAGAAAACUAGUGGCAGAAAAUUGGAAGAACCUCCUUCUCCUGGUACAGCUCCUACAGGCAUCCUAAUCAAUGUGAUCAAUGACACCAAGGUUCCCGUGAAGGAGAUAAAGCCAGAGGUUCCAAACAUAGUCUCUGAGCUUCCUGUGGAGCAGAUGGUGGAGUUCAGCGUCACCCUCACCAACCAGGAAUACAGCCCAGAACUGAGUGAUCCUGCAUCUCCCCAGUAUCAGAAACUAGCUGCAAAAUUUCAGCUUCAAAUGCAAAAGAUUUUUGAGAAACUUGCAGGAUUCAAAGAAAUCCGAGUGCUAGGAUUUAGACAGAAGAAGGAAAAAGAUGGGUCAAGCAGCACUGUAGCACGAUAUGUUGUCAACUUUGAGAGAGAUGACUCGGAAGUUAAAGGUCCUGGGGUUGACAUCUCAACUAUUGGCUCCAACAAAGUUGAAAAUGAAAAGGUCCCCCUUAGUACAGAUGGACCCUUUAAACCAAAAGUGACAGACCUUCAGCAGAUGGUUGCCAUGGCGCUACAGGAAGACAAAUCACUAUCCAUGGACCUUGGAACGCUUCAUUUCACUGAUGGAGCCAUUAGGCCACCCAGUGAUGUAGACAAUGAUAUCAAAUUAAUGGUAACUGAUGCUGUAGCUGGACCUGGGAUGACCUCUGAUGUCCCACUGGUUUAUGGAAGUCCAGCAACAGUUACAGAAUCUUUUAAUGAAAUUGAUGAUACGAAUAUUAUUUUAGACUACUCAAUCCCUACAGUGCCUUUCAGUCUCCUGGAUAGUACUGGGGUUCCUCUAAAACCAGGGGAUCCUGAUUCACCUCCCCCGGCAGAUCAAUCAGCCAGCAAUGAUUUAAACCUCGGGUAUUCUGAGAUGCCAACGGAACAGUCAUUAACAUCUGCGGAAUUCACUGCUGACAUUUCUACAGAUAUCUUUCAGGAAGUCAGUGAUGAGAAGAGCGAAGAUGAAAGAAUGAAAGAGACCUUCAGCACAGGCUCACCAAUUGUCCCUGGGCAAGAUGUAAAGAUUACAGACCAGCUGGAAUCCUCAGGCGAUGACAUUUCAGCCACGUUGAGUACGAUGCCAUCCUUCAUUGGUCCUCCUGGUCUUCCCACAUCCCUUCCUGAAGAUGAUAUUUUGGGGCUGACAGACCAGAUCAUUUUAUUGCCAGCAGUAACUACUGGUGGCCCUUCAGUUGUCAUUGACCAGUCUUUUGAAGCCACAACCUCUCCUUGGGGAGCAGCAGACAGUGGUGCCCCUACUGGCUUCGAAAUGGGGGUGCAGGAUAUUGCCACUGAAUUAGGUACAGCAGUUCAUGAGGAUGGCAGUGGCUACUACGUACUGCCAGAAAUCCCACCUGCAGAUAUGACUCCAGCUCCUCCUCUGGAAUACGUCACUACAAGCUCCAUGACAACUGCAGCCAAAGGCAAAGAGCUAGUGGUGUUCUUCAGCUUGAGAGUAACCAACAUGCGCUUUUCCGAUGAUCUCUUCAAUCGAAGUUCCGCAGAAUACAAAGCACUCGAACAGCAAUUCAUGCAGCUGCUGCUUCCCUACCUGCAGUCCAACCUCACAGGAUUUAAGCAAUUGGAAAUACUGAAUUUCCGCAAUGGAAGCGUGAUCGUCAAUAGUAAAAUGAAGUUUGCCAAGUCAGUACCAUACAACAUCACAGAGGCGGUCCAUUGUGUGCUGGAGGACUUCUGUGAUGCAGCAGCUCAGCGCCUUAACCUUGAAAUCGACAGCUACUCACUUGAUAUUGAGCCAGCUGAUCAAGCGGACCCUUGCAAGUUCAUGGCAUGUGACGAAUUUUCACAGUGCAUAAAGAACGAGUGGACAAAAGAGGCUGAUUGUCUUUGCAAACCGGGUUACGUAAGAAAAGACGGGCUGCCAUGUCGUAGUCUGUGUGAGCUUGAGCCCGACUUGUGUGUUAAUGGUGGCAAGUGUGAACUAGUUCCAGGAAGAGGAGCAGUCUGUAGAUGCCCAGUACGUAGAAACAGAGGCGAGCGCUGUGCAAAAUAUGCUCCACCACCUACCCGAUCCAUCAUUUCCAAAGCUGUGAUGCUUGGUUUAUUAUGCCUCAUUUUUCUUCUCGUGACUUUAAUUAUUAAGCUAAGAAGAAAAUGCAAACACAAGAUUAAUCUGGAAGGCCCUCCCCUCAGCCAAUGCAACGCAGAGAAUGCUGUAAGAAUUAAUCCUGCUUUUGAUCACGAUGAGCCCAUCAGUAGUUUUUGCCGUGGGUCACGUAGUGUAAGUGCUUGUGUCAGUUCUUCAGAGAGCAGUGAUCAAGGAACAUUACAAAAACAUGAAAACGGAACAGGGUAUGGAGACCACCAGAUGCAAAGCAAAGAAUGACAAGUUAGUGUCUGAAGCUCUGGAAUCCCGGCAACAGCCAGUGGGGAUAAAGGUUUUCAGCAAGAGGAGCUCUUGCACUAUUCAACUUCACUCUUCAGGGUAAAUGGAGUUUUUGUGGAGGGAGGCAACUCUAAAGGCAACCAAUAUUUUCCCAUAAAACAUGAACAGUUUAACCGGAGUGUUUAUUUUUGCUUAAAGAAAAUAAAAUAAAGGAGGCUGCACCUAGGUUUCUGCAGAACUGUUGAACUUCGUUACAGAAUAUCCAGAUCAUGAAGGCAGUGCUAAAUAUAUUUAAUAUAUGUACAGUGUUUAUAUGAUAAAUAUUUUUGCUAUUUUUACACUUAGGUCUGGUUGAUGAAGCCGAUGCUGAAAGUGUUAUUACUGGCAAAUUCUAUCCCAAAACUAAAGGACAGUAAAUUACUGGGCCAAUCAAUAGUCAGUAAUGCAAUAGACGCUAUUUUAAGUGUAACUGCAGGAAAAUAAUCAAGAUGUUAUUCAAGGGCUUUUAAUAGGGCUUUAACAGUAUUUAGCACCACAGCUGGUUGUCAGUUUUUAGCCCUAGCAUAACCAAAUGGCAUCCAGCAACAGAUUUUUUAAAAAAAUAAAACAAAAUUGCCACUCAAAUAACUAGAAACAGUUUUAUCCAGAUCAAAUUGGAUCCAGUUUUUCCUAAAGUAAAAGGGAUGUGUUUGCUAUUGUCAUAGUAGGAAUAGAUUAUACAACUACCAUUUUCACACCACCUCAAACCACUGUCAUGUAGCAAAUUAGUUAAUGUACCAGACUUCUCAACUAGCAACAUGCAGGCAUACCUCAUAUUUCAAAACAAAUCCACACACUCAUCUAUACUGAGUCAUUUGUCUUUCAUAAAUGUUUCACCACACAUUAAAUGUAUAAAACUUCUUCUUAAAACAGAAAUGCUUCAGCUAUCAGGAGCAAGGGCGGGGGACACACACACACAGGAUUGUGUAUAUAGCCCCACAUACACGGGAGAGAUGCAUAGACUCGUGAUCAGAAGAGGAAGCACAACUCGUGUGCACUUCCUCAUCCCCCAGCCAGUUGUUUUCAAGUAGAUGCAUUAGGGACAGAACUGAAAAAAGGUUUAUAUAGGCUGAUGCAAUAUUUUGUUAGGAUUCAAUAUCACUCUUCCUUACUGAACAGCAAACAUUUUAAAUUUUCAAGUGCAUUUCUGCUCUGGGUGUAACCAUGGUACCCCAAACAAUCCAUGUAUGUGCACUUAGGCAUUAGCUCUUAUCUAAGCAAUAUAAUAAUUUGCUUUUCAUACAUGUUUACUACUCAGCAUCAAUACAUGUAAGGUUGAGCUAAUUAUCUACUGUGGUGUCAAGAAGGUUGCCUACCAAGUUAUAUUGGCAUAUGGCAUGUAGAUGCUGUAUUAUAGAUGAACACUCCCCCAAGGUAGAACAUGUGUUUACAGUGCUGGCAUAAUAGUCUAUCUGUACAUUUCAUCUUGAAAUCACUGGGAGAGCCUAUAUGGAACCGAAGAUACUGUUUCACAGUCUAAAUUAUACUUUUAGGGCAUACAUUUAGAGAUCUCGCACCACAUGCACACUAGGCACUACUAUUGGUUAUGUAAUUUAAGAUCAUUGUAUUCAUCUUGGAACUAUUUUUUGCAUGUGUUUAUUCAUACCAAUUUCUAUUAGUCAAGCACUAUACAUCAUUUUUACAUGUUGGUUUUAAUAAUGAAAAUUGUUCUUGACCAUAAUUUAUCAUCAAAUAUUAACUACCAAAUAUCUUUACUGGAUGAUGUUUUGUAUUUCAAUAAAAUAAAAUUAUUUAACUGGA